AUGGCGGAGCAAAAUGCCAUUGAUGUGGAAGAAAGGAAGCGUAGUUGGAGAGAUACCGUUGUAGGGGAUCAUUCAAAGAUAGACAAUUUAGUUCAGAUUGGUCAUAAUGUAGUUAUUGGGAAGAAUUGCAUACUUUGUGGACAAGUUGGGAUUGCAGGCGCAGUGACAUAUGUUCUUUCUAUGAUAGGAGACUAUGUAACUACGGGAGGGAGGGUAGCAGUUCGUGACCAUGUAUCCAUUAUAUCAAAGGUACGGCUUGCUGGUAUGAGCUGUGUCACGAAAGAUAUUACAGAACCUGGAGAUUACGGCGGCUUCCCUGCUGUAAGUAUCAUGUUGCACUUUACUUAUGAAAAAUGAGAAUAACAAGAAAAAUUGUUUUAAGAUAUUGAAUACCCAAAAUAAUGGAGCUGGAACUAUGGGUGAUUGUUGGAUGUUUUGGAUAUUUAAACGACAUAAUUCUGGUUGCGUUUUAGGUUCCAA